UUGACGUGGGCACAACACAAGAAACGUAGCGUAAUAGCGCACUGUAAAUGGUCUGAGAGCAGAUAAUAAAUUGAAAGCACCUCAAUAAAAGAAGAAAGAGCGAGCGAGUGAGAGGCGUACAAUUAUUGGGCUUGUACCUUGUUAAAGUUGGCAUUGUUCCAUUCGGGGCGGAAUUGUGCGGAAGAAGUGAAAACUGAAUAUUUUUGAGUUUGUAGACGGUCGGUGAUUGUUGUGCAGAGAAAUCAGUCUGUACGAAGCUGUUGAAGUGAACAGAAGCAUGAAUAGUUGAAUUGCUGGCAGGCUAAACGAAAAAAAAUAAAUAAAUAAAAAAGUGAAGAAUGAAUAUUUAAAAAUGAAAUGAAUAAUAAGAGAAUUUCACUGAGAAGAAUAAAGCGAAAACUAAUAUACUCUAAAAAACAAGAAACAGUUCGAAAAGAAAACAGUAAAUGUGCAUUGUGAACAGCUAAUUGAAUUUCUAGUGCAAGCAUUUGACAAAAACAGUGGAAAAUAGACUAAGGAAACAGUUUAAUUGAAACAUCUUGAGUGAAUUUUCGCGGAUCAAUUAAAUUGAAGACUUAAAACAUUAUAAUGACGGCAUUAUCCUCGCAUCCCAAUUAUGGAUUCCAUCUUAGCCAGGGUUUAGAUAUACCCACACCUGGUGAUUAUGCUCCCCAAAACACACUCAGUCCUACAGACAUGGAUAUAAAGCGUGUAAUGCACUUUUCGCAAUCUGGUGGAUUAGCGGCUAUCUCCGCCGCAAUGGGUGGCUCACCCGUAGGUGGUCACGCAGCCAGCAACGGCAACUCCAUUAUGGGCACGGCCAGCAUGGGCCACAUUGGCAGCGGUGGUCACCUUAAUAACGGUUUGCACCAUUUGUCCGCAAGCAAUCACAUGCAAACUGCCGUCGGACACCAAACUCUCUCACCAAACUCCUCCAUUGGAUCUGCAGGCAGCAUGGGCAGUCAGGGUUCGAUAGGCUCGUUGGGACAUGGCCAGAGCGUUAAUGCCGGCGGUAGCAGCAAUGGCGGCAGUAGUCUACACCAUCAUCCCACAUCACCGGGACAAGAAGGCCACAUCAAACGGCCAAUGAAUGCCUUCAUGGUUUGGUCUCGUCUACAACGACGACAAAUCGCCAAGGAUAACCCAAAAAUGCACAACUCGGAAAUUUCAAAACGUCUUGGUGCCGAGUGGAAGUUGCUCGCUGAGUCUGAGAAGCGACCCUUCAUCGACGAGGCCAAGCGUCUGCGCGCCUUACACAUGAAAGAACACCCAGAUUACAAAUAUCGCCCACGCCGCAAACCAAAGAAUCCACUCUCUGGCGGACCGCAAGCUCUGCAGAUGCAAGCCGCGCAAGGGCAACAGAAAUUGGGUGGCGGUGCAUGCCCCGCUGGUGCUGGUGCCUACAAUCCAUUUCAUCAACUGCCACCAUAUUUCGCACCUUCGCAUCACCUGGAUCAGCCCUACCCAGUGCCGUACUUCGGAGGCUUCGAUCCGCUGGCGCUAUCCAAAUUGCAUCAAACACAGGCUGCCGCCGCUGCAGCAGCCACAAAUCAAUCACACAAUGUACUUGAGGCCCAAAAGGCCCCACAGCUGCCGCCCACGACGCUGAGCAGUUUCUACUCGGGCAUAUAUUCUGGCAUAUCAGCGCCUUCCUUGUACGCCGCACACUCCGCCAACGCCGCAGCGGCGGGACUCUACAACUCAUCGUCGACAUCAUCCCCAGGCUCCUCUCCCGGCACCAUCACGCCAAACGGUAUGGACACUUCGGUAUCAUCGGCGAUGGAUAACGCGCUUAGGCGACCGGUGCCGGUACUGUAUUAAAAUAAAAGCAAAAAUAAUUUGUAGUUUUUAGUAUAGAAGUACAAUUGGCGUUUUGAUCGCUUUGUUAAAAUUUAAAUGAAGAACCAUUACCUCGAGUGGCCCAAUAGUUGAUUAACGUACAUAUGUAGAUAUGUGUGCAUCGAUGUGGAUGUAAGUCAAUUCAUAACUGUAUAAACCCAUUACCGACUACAUACGUACGUACCCGUAUGUAUGCAAUGCAUGUACGUAUUAUGAGUGUACACAAGAUUCCUUUAUCAAGUUAUCGUGUGAUUUUAAAUUAUAUACAAGAAAAUUAGAAUAUUAAUUAUUAAUUAAUACAAUUUUUAUGAUAGCAUAAUUAAAGUAAGAGGCAUUAAUACAAAUCUUAUUUAUGUAUGUAUGCAUCAGUUCAUGAAAUGCAUAUAAGUGUGCACAUAUGUUCGUUGGCUGAAGUGUACUAACAUACCAAAAUUGUUGAUAAUUUUAAUGUAUUGAAGAAACGAGUGGCAAGCGAAAGUAAUUUGUCGUAAUUUUACGCAUAUGUAUUAAGUUAUUGGUUAAUAAAUUCAUUAACUUUAAAAACUCAUUAUUAAUCUAAACAUUUCCAUAAUUGUUGCUUGUUUUGUUUCCAAACUCACUAUGCAUUGGGGCGGUUAGAAAAAUGCUUUGUGAAAUAACAUUUAAAUUUAGACUUUCAAUCUACGUAUACAUCUUAUGAUUUGCAUAACAUUUAACAUUUAAUUUUAUCAAACUUACUUAGUGUUAUGUAAAAUAUUGUAAAUAUUAACUGUUGAAGUGAUUGCCGUGGUCAUUGUACUACAUGUAUGUAUGUAUGUAUGUAUGAGUUGAGUUAAAUAUACAUACAUACAUAUGUAUUUAUUCAA